AUGUCAUCUUCUUCAGAUACUGGAGUGUCAGACACACUGGAUCCUAUAGCGAUAGUAUCAGACGACGAGAUUCUCCCUGAGGGCGAGGUUUAUACAUCGGACACCACAAGUACAAACGAGGAUGAUUUCCAGCCAUUUGCCCUACCGGACUUUGGGGAUGAUAUGCCUUUAGCUGAUGGUCUUUUUGACGGGGAUCUACCUCUCAUUCAGAUCCCUGCUCCUCUUCCUCUCACUGCAGUUUCUGUUGAGGAUCUGCCGCUUGACGCGUUAUCUGAUGAUGACAUCGAUCUAUCCAUCGAGGGUCCACCGGAAGGUGACCAGGAUGGUGGGGCCCUGAUGGAUGACGAUAUUCUGGUUGACGACCUUGUUUUUCCUGUUGUUGAGGUUCCUGAUAUGGAGCGAUACCCCACAGACACCGAUACCGACACUGCCAUGUCUGAGGCGCCCGUUCCGCAGCUGGGUUUUGGGUUCAUCCCUGACUUUCCACAUGAUUUUGAUUCCGACCAGGAGGUCGAGUUUAUCCCUGAGGAGCAGCCUGUUGAGGCCCCUGUUGUUCCAGAUGAUCAGCACCUUGAUAUACCUGCGGAUCAUGAGCUUGCCCCCGUUGAUCCAGAGCCUGUGAUAGCUCCAGAGCCUGUCAUUGCUCACGACCCUUUACUUGUGCACGACCCUAUUCCUGAUGAUGCACCAGUCGUUGCACCACCCGUUGUUGAUGUUCCAGUCAUCGUGCCACCAGUUGUUGAUGUUCCUGUUGUUGUUGCACCUCUGCCCGACCCGGCCCCUGUGUUUGUGGACCGUGCACCUUUUGCAACACACGUCGAUCCUAGAUAUGCUGACACCCAUAAUGGGUGGAUUGAGGAUGAUGAUGAUUAUCCUCCUUUUGUUCUACCAGUCACUCCCCCUGCUGCACCUGUAUUUGUACCUGUUGAUAUCCCACAGUAUCACCCUCAUGUGUCAGACGUCCACCGCACAGACUUACCCAUCACUUUUCUCCAGGACAUUCCUCCUCCCCAUCCAGGGGAAGGACCUUCUACUCAGGACCACGAUCACAUGCCAUUGAUGACAGCACGCUUUCCAUUUAUGCCCCCUUUUGCAUCAGCUGCACACACUGCAUCUCCCUUUGCACCCUCGAGCGAGCCAUUUAUGUGGUCUUCGCCCAAUGUCAUGCCUUUAUCAGAUCCAUACCAUCCUUUUCAGGUUGGAUAUACAGCGGAUGAUAUACUUAUAUCCCUGCAGUUGCAGCAGGAUGCGUUGCGCCGUCGAGUCCAGGAGCUGGAGAGGAUCCCGCGUCCUUCCCCUUGUCAUUGUCAGUCCCCAUUUGCGACACCACCAGCUCCUCUCCUACCGUACCCUGAUUCUGAUGUCCGCUUCCUCACUACAGAGCAGCAGAUUGCUUACCUGUCGCGCGUUAUCCAUGCACUCGAGGAGGAUUUGGUGCAUUUGCGCCGUUUACUUUUCAUUCCUCCACCUCCUCCUCCUCCCCCAUCAGCUUGA